ACGCCUUGGAGUUCGAAGCGAUGGAGGUUCGCAGCGAUGGUAGAUACGUAUACUUCCGCGUCAUAUUUGCUAUUUUUCUACUUCAUCGAACACAAGGUUGUCAGGACAGUCCUGUUGGUAUAGCAGACAGUAGUAUUAUACCAGAUGACAGAUUUACAGCAUCGUCAUAUUAUACCCGUGAUGCUAGCGAUACUCGUUAUAAACCAAAGGAAGCACGUCUGAAUGGGGCCAUGGGAUGGGGACCAAAUACAAAAACAGAUCCUAAUGACUAUCUACAGAUAGACUUGGGUCAAGUGUAUGCUAUCUGUGCUGUGGCUACACAAGGCUUUGGUACAAAUAAAUCCCCAAAUGAAUGGACUACGCAAUAUAAGAUAUCAACAUCUGUAAAUAAUGGUAAUUGGACUACUUACAAAACUAGUAAUGCAGAUAAGUUGUUUCCUGGUAACACAGAUUAUAAUACUGUUGUCAAGAAUGUCCUUGAUUAUCCAGUUUUAGUGAGGUUCAUCAGGUUCAUUCCCACAGAUUAUAGCACCUGGAAGGCCCUACGUGUUGAAGCUUAUGGUCUUGAAAAACGUAAGUCUGAACAUCAUAAAGACUAUUUAAAAACUUUUUUUUUUUUUGGCUAA